AAAAUAUCUAUAAAAUUUUGAUAAAAAUUAUCAGUAAAACUCGAUAAUUUAUCUAAUAAAACAAUAGAAAAAUUUUGGCCGUAUCGGUAUUAAAAAAUCUAAAAAUUAAUAAAAUACUGGGAUAAUAAUUCGAAUCUUCCGAGAGUAUUCCACUCGUGAGUCAUUUAAUGACGUCACACAAUCUAAUGUUAACUUGAUCCAUAAAAAAAUAAUUAUCAAUGAUAAUUGAUCGUUAGUUACACUGUUGAAAUCUAUAAUCACUCUAUAUAAAUAUGUAAACUAUAUACAUAUACCUUUGCAUAAAUUUAUAUUGUUAUAAAAAAUAUAUAACAAUAUAAAUCAACUACGAUAAUCAACAGAGUGUUUUAAUAAGUUAAAUUUAUUGCUAUGAAAAUUGCGUAUGUGUGUUUCACAAGCAUCAGUGAUACAUACUCAGGAAUUUUGAAUAGAAAACAGUCUCACACAUAAAAAAAUAAUAUUUUACAAGAAUAAGAUAAAAAAAGCAUCCAGUACGUCAUAAUCAUUAAGUACAUAUAAAUAAAUAUAUACAUACACAUAUUUAUGGAUUAAUUAUAAAAAUAAAUUGAUGAUAAUUGUAAAGAUUUAAAGAUGGACUGGUGGUUCAUUGACAAAAUGGAUCUGAGAUAUUGACAGAAGACACGAGUACUGAUAAUAAUAAAAAAAAAAAAAAAGAAGAGUAAUUAAAAUAAAAAAAAAAAUAAACUUGCUUACUGUUUAUGUUCUUACAAGUGCAGUACAUUCUAGUAGGGGUUUAUAAAUAUAAUAAAUAUGAUGCUAGAACCUUCACAGCUGAUACAUUUGACACAUUUGACAGUUGUGUAAAAUUGUGUAAGUGAUAAAAUAAAUAAUUUAUGUGAAUCUGCUGAAUAAAUUCAAAUGUCCGCAUAAAUAAUAAAAUAAAAUAACAAUAUUUAUUGUUAUUGAUAGUGGUAACAGUAAUAAAUAAGUUAAUAUGGCGCACUUUGAGGGUAUAUUUAAUUCUAAAAAAUAUAUAGGACCCGAAAGUUUAGCUGAAUUGUGUUUUAAAACAAUAUGUAAUAAUUUAGACAUUAUUUCGACUGUUGAUAAACGUGGUUAUCGUACAUUAUUACGUGGCCUUGUGCUACCAAGUGAAAUUUGUGAUAAAAUCAUUGAAUUUGCUCAAAAAUGUGAGAGUACGACACGUAUCGAUGAUGGUUUUAUAAAUAUAUUUGCAGAUAUUAUUGCAACAAGAUUAAAAAAUGUUAAAAUAAACCACAGUAAUAUAACAGAUACAUCUGUUGCUAUUAUUGCAAAUCAUCAACUGUUACACUUGUCAUUCAAUGAUUGUUGUAAUUUAACAAAAUCAGCUAUUGAAUCCAUCAAUAAUAAUUCAAAACAUUUACAAAGUUUAUCUUUUCGUGGUUGUCCACAAAUAUAUCCAAUGGAUCUAACAUGUUAUUUAGAUUUAUUAUCACCAAAUUAUUUUAAACGUGGAUAUCUAUUUAAUGCACCAAAUUUAAAACAUCUAGCAUUGGAACAUGUUCAAAUAGCACCUGAACAAUAUCUUAUAUUACUAUCUGGUUUAUCAAAUUUAACUCAUUUAGAUUUAUCAAAUGCCGUAAAUAUUGGUAAUUUUGAAUUUGUAUCAUCAAUUCCAAAUUUAAUUUCAUUAUGUCUUUAUAACGUUAAAAUAAAUGACAGUCCUCAUGCCUUUGUUGCCAAUGUUACACAAUUGAAAAAAUUAAGGCAUCUAGAUAUAUCACAUGCUAAUCAUAAAUAUGCGUUCUAUAAUAAACCUAAUCAAGUUUUAUCAGAAUUAGUUGAAGGUUUACCAAAUUUAACGUCAUUGGACAUAGGGGGUACAAAUUUAGCUGGACGUGGUGUAGCCGAACGUCCAUUGAUAUCUAAUUCUACAAAUGUUUAUGCAAUGUGUGAUAUUCAAGGUCUUGCUUGUCGUGUAAACAAUCCAUUACAAUUUUUAGGUUUAUAUGGUACUCAUGAUGAAGCUUGUAGAAGACAUGAUAUACCUGCUAAAAUCGUUGCUGGCAAUGCUAAUGAUGAACAAAUACUCAUCGCAGCUCGUGUAUGCAUGGAUCAUAAACAAGAUUUAUUACAAAAAGUUUUAAAUGAUUUGUACCACGUAUUUAGAUACGAAAGUUGUGAACGUAUGGAUCAAGCACUUUGUAUUGUAUUGGAAGCUAUGGAAAAACAUCUAAAUGAACGUCAUAUACAAAUAUCUGGAAGCGCAACACUAUUUUAUAUUGUUAAAACAAAAGAAAAGAGUGUGCUUGUCUCAAAAAUGAAACGAAGAAUAAUAGGUGCGUUACUUGCUGGUAUGAAUGCUCAUAAAGAUGAAGAGACGAUGAUGCGCAACGGUUGUCUGGCCCUAUGCCAGUUUCGUAUACCACAAGAUGUUAUGUGGAAUUAUGAAACACUUGUUAAAGUUUUAUUACAUUCAACAAGACACGCUGAAUCUGAGGGUUUUGUACAACGAAUCGGAAUUUAUUUAUUAAAUUCACUGGCAUGUCAGGUUGAAGGAAAGAAAAAACGUUUAUUAGGAAAUUUAGGAUGCGUUGAAACUAUGCUCGAAUUAGUUAGAUACAGAGUUGAGUGUGAAUUACAUGAUGAUGUACUCGAGGUCGCUUGGUCAACAAUGUGGAAUAUGACUGACGAAACACCAAUUAAUUGCCAGAGAUUUUUAGAUGAACAGGGAAUGAAACUUUUCUUAAAAUGUGUUGAGAAAUAUCCAUCUAAAGAAGAAUUACUACGAAAUAUGAUGGGUUUAUUAGGCAACGUUGCUGAAGUUGAUUACCUUCGUCCUCACUUAAUGCAACAGCAAUACGUAUCAGUCUUCUCCAAUUUAUUGGAGUACGAUCGUGAUGGAAUUGAGGUAUCAUACAAUGCAACUGGAAUACUGGCUCACAUGGCGUCUGAUGGUGUAGAAGCAUGGACAAUAGAACAGCCAACAAGGAAUGAGGUUCUUGAACGUAUGGUUGAAGCAAUUGAACGUUGGAAUCUAUCGUCACAACGGAAUAUUAAUUAUAGAUCAUUUUUACCGUUGCUACGUUUAUUAGAUGUUUAUCACACACCACAGUGCCAACAUUGGGCAGUAUGGGCUCUUGCUAAUUUAACUCAAGUUUAUCCUACAAAGUAUUGCUCUUUAGUUGAGUCAGAAGGUGGAAUAGAAAAACUUAGAAAAUUAUUAGACGACGACAGACCUUAUAAUCGCAUUAAAGAUCUUGCUUUGUCAGUUAUUAUUAAUUGUGGACCCAAUAAAAUACGUGGAGACCAACAAGAAACCCUUCAAUCCUCAUCAGAGUACAGUCUCGAUGAUUAAUGAUGCGCGUUUUUAAAUACAAAAGACUUGAGAGAAAAAAAAAUUCCAUAUUAACAAAAUUAAAAUUAUUCAAUAAAUAAAAUAAUAAAUUGUU